AGGAGCGCCCGGCCCGAGUCUCCCCCAUCCCCGGCCCGCAGGCGUCAAGGUGAUCAGGCCGGCCGCGCCAUGGCGGAGAAGGCGCUGGAGGCCGCGGGCUGUGGACUGGGGCCGGGGGCCGUGGCCAUGGCCGUGGCGCUGGAGGACGGGGCGGAGCCCCCCGUGCUGACCACGCACCUGAAGAAGGUGGAGAACCACAUCACCGAGGCCCAGCGCUUCUCCCACCUCCCCAAGCGCUCGUCGGUGGACAUCGAGUUCGUGGAGCUGUCCUAUUCCGUGCGGGAGGGGCCCUGCUGGCGAAAACGGGGUUAUAAGACCCUCCUCAAGUGCCUAUCUGGUAAAUUCUGUCGCCGGGAACUGAUUGGGAUCAUGGGCCCCUCUGGGGCUGGGAAGUCCACGUUCAUGAACAUCUUGGCAGGGUACAGGGAGACCGGAAUGAAAGGGCAGAUCCUGGUUAAUGGGAGGCCAAGAGAGCUGAGGACCUUCCGUAAGAUGUCUUGCUACAUCAUGCAGGAUGACAUGCUACUGCCACACCUCACAGUGCUGGAAGCCAUGAUGGUCUCAGCCAACCUGAAGCUGAGUGAGAAACAAGAGGUGAAGAAGGAACUGGUGACGGAGAUCCUGACAGCACUGGGCCUGAUGUCCUGCUCGCACACACGGACAGCUCUGCUCUCUGGCGGGCAGAGGAAGCGCCUGGCUAUCGCCCUGGAGUUGGUCAACAAUCCGCCUGUCAUGUUCUUUGAUGAACCAACCAGCGGUCUGGACAGUGCUUCUUGUUUCCAAGUGGUGUCCCUCAUGAAGUCCCUGGCCCAAGGGGGGCGCACCAUCAUCUGCACCAUCCACCAGCCCAGCGCCAAGCUCUUUGAGAUGUUUGACAAGCUCUACAUCCUGAGCCAGGGUCAGUGCAUCUUUAAGGGCGUGGUCACCAACCUGAUCCCCUAUCUGAAGGGGCUGGGCCUGCACUGCCCCACCUACCACAACCCAGCUGACUUCAUCAUCGAGGUGGCAUCUGGAGAGUAUGGAGACUUGAACCCCAUGCUGUUCAGGGCAGUGCAGAAUGGACUUUGUGCCAUGGCUGAGAAGAAGAGCAGUCCGGAGAAGAAUGAGGUCCCUUCUCACUGUCCCUCUUGCCCACCGGACGUGGAUACCAUCGAGAGCCACACCUUUGCCACCAGCACCCUCACCCAGUUCUGCAUCCUCUUCAGGAGGACCUUCCUGUCCAUCCUCAGGGACACGGUCCUGACCCACUUGCGGUUCAUGUCCCACGUGGUGAUCGGCGUGCUCAUCGGUCUCCUCUACCUGCACAUCGGUGAUGACGCCAGCAAGGUCUUCAACAACACCGGCUGCCUCUUCUUCUCCAUGCUGUUCCUCAUGUUUGCUGCCCUCAUGCCAACUGUGCUUACCUUCCCCUUAGAGAUGGCAGUCUUCAUGAGGGAGCAUCUCAACUACUGGUACAGCCUCAAAGCGUAUUACCUGGCCAAGACCAUGGCUGACGUGCCCUUUCAGGUGAUGUGCCCGUUGGUAUACUGCAGCAUAGUGUACUGGAUGACCGGCCAACCAGCUGAGACCAGCCGCUUCCUGCUCUUCUCAGCCUUGGCCACAGCCACCGCCUUAGUGGCUCAAUCCUUGGGACUGCUGAUCGGAGCUGCUUCCAACUCCCUACAGGUGGCCACUUUUGUGGGUCCAGUUACUGCCAUCCCUGUCCUUUUGUUCUCUGGCUUCUUUGUCACCUUCAAGACCAUCCCCACUUACCUGCAAUGGAGCUCCUACCUCUCCUAUGUCAGGUAUGGCUUUGAGGGUGCGAUCCUGACCAUCUAUGGCAUGGAGCGAGGAGACCUGACAUGCUUAGAGGAGCGCUGCCCAUUCCGGGAGCCACAGAGCAUCCUGCGAGCCCUGGAUGUGGAGGAUGCCAAACUGUACCUGGACUUCCUGGUCUUGGGCAUCUUCUUCCUGGCCCUCCGGCUGCUGGCAUACCUUGUGCUCCGGUACAGGGUCAAGUCGGAGAGAUAAAGCCUUGUGCGCAGCCCCUGCAGCAGGGAGCCCCCAGCUCCAGCCCUUCUGGGGACGGUUUUAACCUUGUAGACUUGGGCAUUGGUUGCUGGUGCAGCCGCCCUCCCCUCCCUCAGCUGCUCGGAUGCCUGGCGGUGGGACUGUGCUG